AUGGAGAAACACCAAAACCAAGUAAUUGAGGAAAAUAGAUCAAAACCAUUGAUCAAUUUAACCUUUUUUAUCGAUUCAAAGAGUAAAUUUAAAGUUUCUAAUUACACUCUAUCAAAAUUAAUUAAAGAUGAAUUCGGUGGGUCAAUUGCCUUUACAUUGAAUCCAAAGGUUGAUUAUGUUAUAACAACAUCAGCAAACUUUUUUUCAACCAAAACCACCACUUUUUUAAGUAAUCAAGAUCUCUCAAAAAUAAAAUUAAUUAACGAGGAUUAUUUCAUUUCACAACAAAAACUUGAACCAACUCAAAGAAGUAAAAUUAAUGAUUCUUAUUCAAUCGGAAAUAAACAAGAUUCUCAAGUUGUUAAUGUCUGUAAAAAAGAAAAUGAUGUUGUGGAAAAAGCUGAUGAUGAUCUAUUGAAAAUUAUCAUUAACCCAAAACAUAUUCCAUCUGUUUGUUAUGGAGCUAAUGAACUAAAACAACCUUAUUUUCCAGAAGAAUAUUUAAUUUUAAAAUCAAAUUUAUUAAGUAGUACAAUCAUUGGUAAACAAAAUACAAAUAAAUUUUUUUAUUUAGAAUUACAUCAAGCAAUUGAUAAUAAUUUGAAAAAGUUUUAUAGAAUUUUCACACAAUUUGGAAGAACUGAUGAAAUCCAAAAAUCAAAUUCACAACAUAGAUAUGUUAGCAAUGAUUUAAAAGAGGCUAUGGCAUUGUAUUCAUCAAUUUACAGUCAAAAGAUUGAAAGUGAUAAUGGAUAUAUUGAGGUUAAAAUGAAUAGUAUAACCAAAAUUGGUUCAAAAUUAAAGUUGGCUCAAUUAAAACAACAAAAAGAGAAUGAUGUAAAUGCAAAUACUCACAUCAAGGUUUACAACGAAGAAACCGGUGAAGAAGAGACUGGGCAACAAUCUUUGUUUCAAAGAUCCUACAUUGAAACCAAUGUUUCUAAACUAAUGGACAUUAUCUAUAAAGAAGCAUCUAAAUGUUUAAUUAAAAACUUUUCUGUAGAGGUCACUGAAAAUGGUAUUGAAACUCAACUUGGUGCUCUUUCAAUGGCUCAAAUUGAAGAAGCAAAAUCAAUAUUAAAUGAAAUCAAUAAUGUUUUAAAUAAAGAUGGUAUUGAUAAUCAAGAAAAUUUGGAAAUGCUAUCAUCUAGAUUCUAUCAAUUAGUACCAUCAAAAAUUAGUACAAAAAAGAAUAGGGAUUCAUCGAAAUCAGUAAUCAAUUCUUUUGAAUCGUUGAAUCAACUUUCAGAGUUGAUGAAUAUGAUGAAAGAUUUAACCAAUUCAUUUAAUUCAAACAAAACAACAAGUGAAUCAAAAAAUCAUUUGGAUAUGAAAUAUUAUGCAUUGAAUACCCACAUUGAACAUCUUCAUCAAGCAAGUGCUGGCUAUCAAAUUUUCAUUCGUAAUUUCCUAUCGAACCCACACCACCAAAAAGCCAUUGAUAAUGGAGAAAUCAAAAUUCUCAAUUGUUACAGAUUGGAUAAGAAAUUAGAAAGUGAUAAUUUUCUUGAUGUAGGAAAUGUGCAAUAUUUAUAUCAUGGUAGUAAACCACAAAAUCUUGUUGGUCUAUUAUCAAGAGGUAUUCUUCCACCAGAUUAUGUCAAACAAAUUGGAGGUAAAAGAACUGAUUUUGGAUAUCUUGGAAGUGGUAUUUACUUUUCAGACGAUGUGGUUUCCUCAACUUACACCUCACCAAUUGGUGAAAAGGGUUCUAGAUUUAUCAUAAUGUCAUCUGUUUCAUUGGGAAAGGUUAAAGAAUUUAGUAAAAUUCAACCAUCAUUACAAUGUGCACCAUCAGGCCAUCAUAGUUGCAAAGGUUUGAAAUCAACUCCAACCAACCCAACAGAUUUUAAAAACAAUGAAUAUGUAGUAUUCAAUCCAAAUCAAUCAAAAUUAUCUUUUUUAAUUGAAUAUAUUGAAAAUUAUAAAAAAUAA